CUCCCUGGGCGUCACAUGGGGGAGGCUCCGGGGCCGCGUGCCGGCCUCUGCGCAGCCGCAGGGAGAGAGAGAGGGAGGGAAAGAGGGAGGGAGGCAGGCAGCCCGGCAGAGGAGCAGUCAGAGGCAGCAGCAGCAGAAGCAGCCAGAGCAGCAUCGCUUGGGCUGAGCGGAGGAAGCACUUGCCUCGCUCCCUUGACUCCCAAGAGCAUCUCCCAGUUGUGUCUCCCUCAGACUACACUGGCACCUUCUUGCCUAGGGUUUCCUAGGGGAAGUGCAUUGAGCAGCACUUGGAGGGGCUGCAGAAGAAGAGAACCAAGGGGAAGAGGAGGAGAAGAAGGGGGCAACCUUUGGCAUCCCUUCCCUCCUGCCUCAUCGCAAAGGAUGGCCGCUUUGGACAGCAACAACAACGCGCCUGGUGGCGUGAUCAGUUAUAUUGGCUCCAAUGGUUCUUCACCAAGCCGCACCAGUCCCGUCUCUCUCUGCGGCAGUGACAGUUCCAAUGGCAGUUGCCAACUUUCCUCGCAGUCUGCUUUCCCCAGCUACUUUCCACCUUCACCCACUGGAUCCCUAGGGCAUGACUCUGGUCGCCCAUACGGAGGGAGUUCAGCUGGGCUACGUGAUGACGCCUCUCCUUCCUCUUCCUCCUCGUCAUCCUCCUCCUAUAGUUCUGGAGGCUCACCAGGAAGUUUGCAGGUGGCUGUGGAUGAUGGAAGACGCGUAUCUCCAACCAAAAGCACCAGUAGCAACAUCACAAAACUCAAUGGGAUGGUCCUCUUGUGCAAAGUCUGUGGGGAUGUUGCCUCUGGUUUCCAUUAUGGCGUCCAUGCUUGUGAAGGCUGCAAGGGUUUUUUCCGGCGCAGCAUUCAGCAAAACAUCCAGUACAAAAAGUGCCUCAAGAAUGAAACCUGCAACAUUGUACGCAUCAACCGGAACCGCUGCCAGCAGUGCCGUUUCAAGAAGUGCAUGGGAGUUGGCAUGUCCCGCGAUGCUGUACGCUUUGGGCGUAUCCCCAAGCGUGAAAAGCAGAGGAUGUUGGCCGAGAUGCAGAGCGCCAUGAACAACAUGGCCAACAACCAACUGAGUGCACAGUGUCCACCUGAGAACAUACAAAUGGGACACCCGCAAGUCACGACCAGCCCCCUGCAGUGCCACCAGCCCCAGAUGGCACCCUGCUCCCCGCCAUCCCAUGCAGUCUCGCCACCCCAACAGCCUCUGUGCUUCUCCCAGUUCUCCCAGCAACUGACACCCCCGCGCUCCCCCAGCCCCGGCGAUGUAAUGGAAGACGUAAUCUCGCAAGUAGCCAAGGCCCACAAGGAGAUUUUUGUUUAUGCCCAUGAUAAACUGGCCACAGGCACCCCACCAUCCUUGGGGAGUGACAACUCUCCUACUUGGGAAAACAGCUGGUUGACCAGCAACCACCACAACAAUGGGCUCUGCCCUCAGAAUGACAAUUGGAACUCUGAUUCUUCCUCCCCCAACAAUGUCUGUCACCAGAACAACAUGAAUGGACAUCGAUUUUGCCCCUCCAACUAUUUGUCUGGGCAGACAGAUCCUUCCACCGGGCAAGGUUGCCCACGGCAAGCAGACCCCAGAGAUAUACUCUUGGCGUGUCCUAUGAAUUGUCACCCUUACGGUCGCAGUGGCCGCACGGUCCAAGAGAUAUGGGAGGAUUUCUCAUUGAGCUUCACACCUGCUGUGCGAGAGGUUGUGGAAUUCGCAAAACACAUCCCUGGUUUCCAAGAGCUGUCACAACAUGACCAGGUCUCGCUACUCAAAGCCGGUACAUUUGAGGUGCUGAUGGUUCGGUUUGCCUCCCUGUUCAACGUCAAGGAGCAGACUGUGACGUUUAUGAGUCGCACCAAGUACAGCCUUGAGGAACUAUGGGGAAUGGGCAUGGGGGACUUGUUGACAUCCAUGUUUGAAUUCAGCGAGAAGCUUGGUUCUUUGGAGCUCUCUGAAGAAGAGUUGGGGCUCUUCACAGCCGUCGUGCUGAUCUCAGCAGAUCGCUCUGGCAUUGAGAACCAGGCAUCAGUGGAGCAGCUGCAGGAGACACUAAUUCGGGCUCUUCGGGCCCUCAUCCUCAAGAAUCACCCCCAGGAGACUUCCCGCUUCACCAAACUACUCUUGAAGCUUCCUGACCUGCGCACCCUCAAUAAUAUGCACUCUGAGAAGUUGCUCUCCUUCCGCAUUGAUGCACAGUAGAUGGAAAGCGAGACCCACACAUUUCUACUGUCCCACCUUUCUUCCUUUCUUGCCUUCCCUGCAUCGUUGCACUAACCAGACUGCCCUCUGGGCCUGGACCCAGCUAACUAUUUAUACUGGUGUAGCAUCUGCUGCCCCCACCUGUACAGAAGCAAGCAGAACUGCCGUUUUUUGUAAAUAUUACCUUAUGUAUAUUGGAUUUGUGUGAAUAGUAUGGCACUCUUCCCUGCAGUGGUGCCAACCACAUGGGAAUAAUAUAUUGAAAGCAAAAUG